GCCUGCACGAUUGCAUAACGUGGGUUGUUGUCAUCAGCGGCCAGGUUCGCUUCACGGAUGCUGCGGAAAUAGGUGGCAGUUGCAGCUCCUUUUCAUUUUUCUAGAACACCGCCUCACCGCUCACAGACGUGAUGAAGUCCGAGUUUGCGUCCCCGCAGGCGAGGGCAUGGAACUGGUCGAAUGGUCCGACUGUAGCAGGCACACCCGCAGUCAAGCUGCUGCUACUGCCCCUCAUGCUGCUGCUGCUGCUGUUGGCAGUCGCAGCUGUGGCAGCAUCCAUGCACACGGCGCCAAGACCCGUGUACGGCGCAUCCCCGGAGCUGCCGCUGCUGCUACGGGCGCUGCUGAAGACCAGGCGACUGACCAAGUAGCCAGGCGGGCACACGGUUGCUACUGCCGGCGCCGCCCCCAUAUCGUUACCAAGGGAGCCGAACACGGGGGAGCAGCCGUUGCAGGCAGGAACACCUGUUUGUGAAGUAGGAGCGGCAGAAAUUGUAAUCAUGAUGCGUUAAGAAGAGCGACGCCAUUGUGGGGGCAUGUCGCACCCGUAGAGAGCACUGUAAGCCCUGUGUGUGUAACACGUACACGUA